AUGGCGCCCGAGGUGGCGGCGGUGGAGCUGAAAGGCGGCUACAACGAGCUGUGUGACAUCUGGUCCGUGGGCAUCACGGCGGUGGAGCUGGCCGAGCUGCAGCCCCCCAUGUUCGACGUCCACCCCCUGCGGGUGCUGUUCCUGAUGUCCAAGAGCGGCUACCAGCCGCCGAAGCUAAAAGACAAGGCAAAGUGGACUCCGGCCUUCCACAACUUCGUGAAGGUGACGCUGACCAAGAACCCCAAGAAGCGGCCGAGUGCUGCCAAGAUGUUGAGCCACCAGUUUGUGGCCCAGCCCGGCCUGAGCCGGAGCCUGACGCUGGAGCUGCUGGAGAAGCUGCGGAACCCGGACAAGCUGCCGCGCUGCUGCGAGCCGGAGGAGGAAGAGGCCGAGCUGCCACCCCCGGUGCCCCAGCGGAUCCACUCCACGCACCGGCACGCGCCGGCUGAGCGCAGCAACUCCGACAUCAACC